AUGGAUCACAGCCAGCACGAUCAUUCCGCCCAUGCCAACAUGGAUAUGGGACACGGCGAUAUGGGCGACCGCUGCUCCAUGAACAUGCUGUUCACCUGGGAUCCAACCAAUCUCUGCAUCAUCUUCCGGUCAUGGCACAUUCGCGGCACCGUCUCUCUCAUUUUCUCGCUUCUCGCUAUCGUUGCUUUGACUGCCGGUUACGAAUUCGUUCGCGAAGUUAGCAGACGGUAUGAGGCUAAAUUGGAAGCCAAACGUGGGAUCCUGAGACGAGAGGGACCCGGCGGGACGACGAUUCAGAAGGAUGGACAACUUAUCAAGGCAUUGCUGUAUGCUCUGCAGGUAUUCUAUUCGUUCUUCAUUAUGUUGCUGUUCAUGACUUACAACGGAUGGGUUAUGCUUGCUGUCGCUGUCGGCGCUUUUGUCGGAUAUAUGAUCUGGGGGAAUACUUCGGCCGUCAAGUCGGUUGCUUGCCAUUGA